AUGGCAUCACUGUAUCCCUCAUUGAGGAGUCCUUUGCUUCCUGGCCCGCAGUCACCUGGGACACAGGCCGCACAGGCUCUCAAAGACGGAGUUCAGCGGCGGCUGCUGUCAUGCCAGCUCGAGGAUCUGAUCUGUGCAGGGACCGACACCAGGUCCACUCCAAAACCCCUCGUCACUGAAUUGACCAAGGCCAAGGAACCAGCUCCGCCCGGAUUGCUAAAGGAUACGAUCGAUGGCCAGCGAGGCCGUCCGACAGAGCGGAUUGUGCGGGACAUAGAAGAGCGCAAAGCCAGCCUGAGGAAAGUAGCCAAGCACUCCUGGAGCCCUGCGACGGAUCUGGAGCCGACCUUGGAAGAGCGGCCGCUUGUGCUUCUGGGAGACUUCUCGCCCAAAGAUGGUUUGAAGAAGGAGUCGGAAGCAGGAAACUACGAGAGAAAGAUUCUCUUGUGGGAUGAGGGCCGCCGAUGUUUCGCAUCUCAUUGGCCGGGAGCUUUGGCCUCAAGCUUCUGCAGCUAUGCUUUCGACCUGCUGUUGCAGCAUGGGCCAUGGGAAGCACUGCACAGCAAGAAGGGGCAAGUCACUCGAGAGACCUGCUGGUAUGUUCGAGCAGGCUGUCGAUGCGACUAUACAUACGGCAUCGCGAGAGUCAGAGCCAAGAAGAAGCCUUCGGCCACCUUUCGAGCAGCAAUGGAGACGCUGCUUGAAGAAGUGAUGAGUCGGGUUUGUCCUGGGCUUCCCAAAGAUGCGUGGCCGAAUUGUGCAAAUCUAAACCUUUACACUGAAGCCUGGCAGUCCGUCGGUUGGCACGCAGAUGACGAGUCUCUGUUCAUGGGCCGUGAUCGCGACUGUCCCAUCGUUUCAGUGUCCUUGGGUGCCAGACGGGAGUUUUGGCUUGCCUUGCGGCACGAGAACUGCAUGGAUCCACAGCUAAAAAGUAUCGUCGAGGUGGACUUGUGUGAUGGAGACGUCUUGACAAUGGAGGGGCUGUGCCAGAAGCAUUGUGUCCACUUCGUGCCGUGCGACGUGCGCAAUGUGGCACCGCAUCCGUGGCAGUCCGAUGGUCGUGCUCGCAUCAAUGUUACCUGGCGCUGGAUCCGCGAUCACAAGCAAAGGUGUCCGAGGAGAGCGGCUGACGGAGACAACGCCGCCGACUUUUACUUUGAAAAACAAGGCCGAGUGCCUUCGGAGAAGAAAGCUUUGUUUGCACAGUCGUGGGCAGGGGGUCGGGCAUUGGCUUGGAGAUCCUGUCAAGAAUGCGACCACGAUGCGUGGAAGGGUGGCCGGAAUUGCUUGAAGUACCAGAAGCAGUGGCUUUGCAGGCCUUGCUACGAGUACAUGCUCACUGGUGGGCCUCCUCGGGAAAGGCUGCAGCCACCGAGGCAAAAAGGGCAGAGGCGGCCGGACAUCUCUGUGAUCAGAGCUCGUGCACUUCAAGCUGAAGCUGUUGAGGCGGACGACGAAGACACAGCGUCUGAAGCAACUCCUGAUCCCGCUGAUGCGAACCGGUCUGCCUGCUCAGAUCCAGCGUGCAUACAGCUUCCCCCGCAAAACGUGCAGGAGCAGUUCUACAUGCAGACGAUGAAGGCGCACAUGUGCCUCCUACAGCAACAGCUACAAGUGCAGCAGCACCAGGCGCUUCUCGCCCUUGCGGCAGCUGGCAACAGGCCAUGGCCAUGGUCGCUUGAAGCGCCUUCGGAUGGGCAGCCUUGUGGCCAGAGAGGUACACCGCAAGUGUCAUACUACCCUGCGGCAAGGCGAUCGUGCGGUGAGCAAAAGCGCCGAUGUGCCACUAGCCCUGUCUCGAGUGUUCGCAUGUUGCGCUGA